GCUAACGGAAGGCGGGAACUGAAGGUCUAGGUCGCCAGUCGAAGGCGGGGAGCGGGAAAAAAAAACACAAGGAAGGAUUUAAAACAACAACAAGCCGCAGCAGCAGCAGCCUAGGGUUCAGGGAGAGAGAUGGCGGCCGGCCUGCGGAUCAGACGGAAGCCAUGAAGCAACGCAAGCCCCUGGCUCCCGGCAAAGGCAGCCAGGUCAUUACGAAAUUCUUUGCACCAAAUCCAGUCACAGGAAAUGAUAGAUUAAUUCUGGGCUCACCACGAAAAGGUGGUACAGAUGGCAGUUCUGUGUUACAGAAUGCUGAACCAUUUCAGAAACAUGUGAACAAGACGCCUUCACUUAAAUCCAAAAGAUCCAUGCAUUUGCCCUCGCCUCAGAGAAGCCCUGUGCUAGAGGCUUUUAUGAAGGGUGUCUUAAAGUCAGACAGAGGAAAUAUGGGAGGUGUAGUUAAGUGCCAGGUUACUCAACAUCCUGGUUCUCCACGAGUGAUAGUACGAAGACUCUUUUUACCUUCGAGUCAAUAUCCUUCGGAAGGUGCUAUUGUACAGGACCAAGGAGAAAACGUUAAAAAACCUUCUAAUACUGAAGAUGCCUCAGCAAGGCAGAACAAUUUGCAUUCUAAAUGCAAUACAGAUGACUAUAGAAGAACAGCUUUGUGGCAGCGGUCACUACCCAACCAGUUGCCACCACCAACUUCACUUGAUGUUUUGAAGUAUUCUGAUGACACAAACAAUUCGGAACAUACGCCUUGGUAUAUGAGACCUCGAUUAUCUCCUAGAAGGCUCCAGCAGCAGCAUGGAUUAUUCAAUGAUAAUUUUCAGAAUACCCUUCAAGCCUAUAAGAAGGCACGAGAAUUAAGGAAAAUCAGGUUGCAGAAAGGAAAGCAUUCUUAUCCUUCACCAAAUCCUUUAUCAGGCGGGACGAUGAAUCAGAGCACCUUGAAACGAUCGUACUCUUUGCCUUCAACAUCAUUAACAGAGAGUAGCAGCAUCCCUACACAGAAGGAAUCGGUUUUAAAGCUUGUAGCAAAACCACUGUCUUCAGGUUCUCUGAAAAUGUGCAGUAAAGAGGCAGUCCAGCGGCACCAUUCCUUCCCUCCUUGUUCGGGUAGGAAAAGCUCGAUGAGUGCCUUGAAAGCCAGAUUUCCAACUGGCUUGCCCAUCUUGUGUUCAAAGCAGAAAAGAAAACAUAAUUCAAUAAAUGAGGACAUUCGGAGGAAGAAGCCCCAGCGAUUGGAUGCAUCUUUCCCUAAGAAAAGAUGUGAAAGCAGGAUCACGGAUAAAUAUGGCAGUGGUGUGACUGAAAAUAUUUGCAAUGGAGUACUGAAAGAUCAUAAUAAUGGUGUAUUGGAAAAUGAGGACACAGCCCAUGAAUUUCCAGAAACUGGCUGUUUGUCUUUGGAUUCGUUGUUGGAUGAGAAACUAUCCAGUCACAACUCCUCAAAUUCCUACACAAGGCUGCCUACAGAGGAGAAAGCCAAGACAGCCCUAGACAGUGCAAAAGAAAAUAGAUCUGGAUUCUUGGGUAGACACCCUUUGGUUCCCUUGGACAGCAAAAGGACACAAAGACUUGAAUCUAGUUCUUUAGCUGUUUUGCCUUCGGAUGAGGACAGUAGGUCUUCAUUACCUUCUCAAGAGAAGAGACAGUUGGAACCGUACAGUUCUCUCCAGUUGUCAGACAGCACUAAAGGCCCUGAGAAGAAACAGAGAGACAGUUACAGUGGUUUGGACAGUGACGAUGAACUCAGCUGUAACUUAGAUAGUAGUGAUGAUGAUGAUGAAACUUUGAUGGCUUUGGAUGAUCUCUUAACUUUACAGAAUAAACCAAUAUCUGGCACACCGGAAAAAUCUGCCAUUUCUUUUCAAUCAUCGGCCCCAACCACGCCAGUGGCUUCAAUGGCAUUCAAAAAUAGCAGACAGACAAAUUAUUCAAAUGGCUUUGAACGCCUCCUUAAAGAAAAGCAGCAGUCAGAGAGACUGGGUGAAACACUAAAGGACCUUAAAAAUGUGCAGGAUCAGCUCAGUGAAGCACAUGACAUCAGUUGUCUAACUGAGGAAGAUGACGAACGCAGCAUGGAUGAAGGCAUGGAUCAAAUUGCAGAGGAACACAGGGAAUUCUUACUCAAAUUCUCUGUAAAAUCAGAUGGAAUACCAGACUUGCAUCCUGGAGAAAAGAUUUUCAAUGUAUUGGAGGCUGGAAAACAUUUUAAUCAGCAUAACCUCAAGUUGACUCAGAGUGAAUUAACACCUCAAAACCUUGUGGAGAAAACUCUUAUUGGUUCUGGAACCAGUCAGCAGAUCUUUUUACUCACCAAUGGGAUUGUAAGCCAAACCUAUUACACAUCGCCAUGCCCAGAGCCAGUUUACAAGUUCUUAUUUAAGAUGAUGACCAUUCAUUCUGAUUACAUUGUUUCGGUGCACACUUUCAAAGCACUUUGGGACAUCUGGACUAAUGCUGCCAAUAGGAUAGGUGGCACCAGUGAGUUCAAGGUUUGGACUCCAUGUCUCAAGGACGUAGUAGCUGUCUUUCUCAACCUAGGAGCAGAGUUUGGCACUUUGUUUCCCUUGAAGCACCUUCAACCAGACUUCACUGAAGCAGACAUAUUGUCUGGGCUGCAGAAUAAUAAGGAAAAUUAUCCAAAGGAUAAUGUGCUGACCUCCCAGAAAGAAUCCAUCUUCAACUCUCUGCCAGAGUUUGGCAUAAAGAAUGUAGUCAAGUUUCUUCUGCUGUGUACCUCCACUUGCCCUGAAGCAUACUCUGAUAAAGAGUUAGUAUUGCUGAUAAGCUUGUUGGGUAGAAUUAGCCUUGAACAAGAGCUGCAGCUAACGCCUUUGAAAGACUUGCAGUGUUUGCUGGACAAUCUUCUCAACAACAUCAGGCUCUGGAGCACAAGGAUGUUCGAACUCUGCAAGAUAAUAAGUGACUUAUCAGAACACCAUCAUAAUCUCCUGUAUCUGGUUCAGCUGCUGCCUGAUUUCUGUGCACGAGGAAGGCAACUCAGGAGGCACCUUAGUUUGGUAAUAAUUUCAAAGCUUCUUGACAAGGGACAUAUGUACAUACCAAAGGAUCCAGAUAUAAAGAUCUCUAAUCUGUGUCGAUUCUUAUACAUGAUGAAACCAUCUUCUUUGUUAAAAACUAUUGAAGAGGAAAGUAAAUCCAAACAGGAGGAAGAGCAUCAGGAAGCUGCACUUACAGAGCUGGAUCAGCAGGCUUAUUAUCUAUGCUACAAUCUACUGGUUUUGGCAAACGAAGUGCUACAUACGGAAAAUGUUCCUCCCAGUCAACGGGGCCAUCUGAUACAGCUCUGUGCUGAAAUAGAAAAAUACAUCAAAUGCGACAUAAGGGAAGACCCCAAGUUACUGUACCGAAGCAAGGUGAAAGAUUUAGAAGCAAGAACCCAUGCAAAAUGGCAAGAGUUGCUGCAGCGUUCACGGCCAAUUCAGGGAAAACUUCAUGAUUAUUGGGAGCCUUUGUCUGAAGAUCUGAAUCACCCCAGUCAGUCGUGCAUUCUUGAUGAGGAAAUGGAACACUAAACAGUUCAAGAACUUGCUAUUGGUGAUAAAAAUUUGGACUUUGCUUAGUACAAAUCUAAUUUUUUUUUAUGAUUUAUAAAGCCGUCAUCUUGUUGUAUAUAAAUGUUUAGACCUUAAUGAGUUUGUGUUCUAGGUUCUUGCUCUUGCAGGUGAACCUACAUGUGGUGUGGUUCAACCUGUAGAUUUUUUUGAUAUUUUAGCUCAAAAGAUAUAUCAAAACAUAUUUUGUGAUAAUAUUGGAGAUUGAGUUUAUUUAUAUAAUUACAGGCACAUUUGCAGUGUUUUGUAGUAUCAAUUUUAUUGCUGUACAUAAAAGUUUGCCCCUUUUGUAAUGUUCUCAUUUUUAUUGAACUUUGUUAUAAUUGAACUUUUGAAGUGUUCUACUUGAAAAUAUCUUUUUUUUUGAUUAAUGCCAUUUAUAAAUCGAAUAUCAGUUCAAUGGACUGUUUCUCGUGGAAGAUGCAGUGAUUUCUCAGCUUGCUAAGCUGAACGUUGUAUAUGUACUGAAGCUGCAAUUCUCUCUCUAACAGAGACUUUAAAUUCAUUGUGCUAAUUGAGUUUACAUGUAUCUCUCUCGCCAUUCUUGCCAAUGGUUUUAAAUUGUAGCCUCUAACAUUGGCUUACACUUUAAAAUGUUCAAGUAUGGUUAGGAUUUUUCACAUUUUAAAUCUUUUUUUUCAGGCCUCCUUUCCAAUGUAAUUUUUUGUCUGUUUGCACUAGUUUGAGCUAAGAUGAUUUUGUUGUCUGAAACAACCAGUCUCAUCAUUAAUUUAUACAUUGUAUAGAAUAAAAGGCUGGCGAAAUGAGUUAUCUGGCAUAAUGCACCUGGUUCUUGAAUCACAAACCUAGGAGAGAGGUCUUGAUUAGUUUUUAUUUAUCGCUUGAACCUCAGCUGUAUUGUUGCCUUGUAACUCCUUUACCUAAGCCCAUAAUUUAUGUAUAUGUUGUAAAUUUAUAUCUGCCUCCUAUCUUUAAGGGAUGCAAAUGAAAGAAUUUUGAUUUUUACACAAUUUUGUAAGAUUUCUAACUGUCAGAGGAGAGUAUUAAAUGCUUGGUUUUGUUUGUAGAAAAUGCUGGAUUAUUCACUACCUGUCUCUUGUAUUUAUACUUGGUUUUCCAUUCUAACUAGUGCAGGGUGAUAGAAUUUCCAACUAAAGAAUUUCUAACAGGGGCAAACUGCUGCAGCUCACGUAUUAAAGAAAAGAGGUGUGAUCGAUUUGGAAUUCUCAAACUUGAGUUAAGACCAGUUUAUUUGCAAACUGUAUAUGUACGUGAAUAAAAGUCAUGAUCAUAGAUGCUGCCUUAAGCUGAGCAGUUUGUACAGAUGAAAAAUGCUGCCUAAUGAAGUCAAUUUUCAUCUUACAAAGAAUAUCUUUUCCUUGAAGGUUUGGCCCAGGAGCAUUCUUGUCUAAAACAAUUUGAUUUUUGCCCCCCAAGAUUGGAGAGGAAUGACUUGUGACCAUUUUGAAGAGUUUGUUUGAGUUAGACAUUGUCUGCUUGGGCCUUGGAGUGUGGCUUGGGUGGGGUUUUGGGAAUCUUUAUUUUUAUAGCAAUUAUGUAAUGCCUUCAUAUACUUAGGACUUGCUCCUGCCUUUUUACUUGUUUUCUUGGGCAAGAAGCUAUGAUUUGGAGGCAUUCAAGAGAUAAACAUCGUGGGUUAAGGCUAGUCAAGCUAGUUAACACCAACCCCUUCAAACAACACUUCCUAUGUGAGGAGAUUGAAUGUCUUAAGGUUGGCCUCAAACUUGAGCCUGUCUAACUGUAUAAUUUAUUUUUUUAAAUUCAAUCUUUCUGUCGUGAAGUGUUUUAAAGUAUUUCUUAAAAAUAAAAUAGUUUAUUGUGGUUCAUGUGCUUAGGAAUAGAUUCUGGUAUUGCUCAUGGUGUACUGAAGGAGAGGAAAGAUUAACUGUCCAAUAUGCUUGAAAUGCCUUUGAGCUAGCCUGGUCUCGCAAAUUACUGGUUUUAUGGUUGGGAUUUCACAUUAAAGUCUUUAACCAAAGAAUACAAGAUUAAGUUCUCUACUGUUAGUUGACCUACCUCAGGACAGAACUGAAUCUUUGGUCAAAGAACUUGUCCUCAGGGAACUUCUGUUAUAAUUCUGCCACCCUGCACUUCAGACUUCAGAAAUGUGUAAGAGACUUGAAUAUUAUUUUUCUGCUUUAACACAGCUGUGUAAUGCACAAAAUUUUGUUUUUAAUUUUUUUGUUAAAAUGAGUCCUUUAUACACACAAUUUUCAAGUUAUUUUGGCAAAAUAAAUUUUCAGUAUGAUUAC